CUGAAUUGGAUUACGAGGGAAUCUGUAAUGUUAAACUAGACCGCUAGGAUCCUAUUGGUGAUUUUUAUCUUAUGUAGGGAGAAAGACGCGGAGCUUUUUAUAACAUUACACGUUUUACAGCAAUGUACUGUGCCCGACAGCUGAUUUUCUCUACUCUCGUCGCUAAACCGGGAACUGCUCAAUUUGUUAAGUUAACUUCUAGAUACUUUUCGAAAUGCACGACAAUAUUCUGUCAUACGAAAAGUUUACCAUACACUGUGAAAGCAGAAGAAUCACUAACUGUGCUGAACUAUGAUGGUAUUGUUUAUGUGUCAGGUGCCAAAUGUGGAAGUGAAGAACACCCAGACAGUUUAAGAACAUCCUUGCAAAGGCUUGCCAAGAUUGAUGCUGCUGCAGAAACAAAAGUUUCUGUUCUAGAGGUGGAACUGCCAGCAGCUCGCCUUGUAUAUUCCCCUGUUGGACCACUUAAUGCUGACUACGAUGAUGUUAGGAGCUAUGAGGAUGCUGCAGAAAAAGGCAUAAAGAGAGCCCUGGAAGCUGGAGUAAAGGAACCUCUGCUUCUCCUACCUCAGGCAGAAAAAUCGGUACAACUUGUUACAUUGCUUGGGGCACUGAAAGCAUUAUAUGUGCCUCUUCAGCUACGCGAAGAUGUGCCCAGUAAAAGCAGUAAGGUCAAAAAUAUUGGAGUGGUUGGUAGCUGUGACCUGCGUGAAGUCAUUAAGAAUGCUGUUGCCAUCGAAAGUGGGAGGUGGACUGCUCGAGACAUUGGUGGUGGAGAUCCGGAGCGUAUGGCUGCACCACGAGUAGAGGAGUAUGUGCGCAAGCUGUUCGAAGGAAAUACACAGAUAUGUAUUGAGACAGUGAGUGAUGAAAGUGUUCUGUGUCAAGAGUAUCCACUGUUCGCCGCUGUCAAUAGAGCAGCAAGUGUAAUAGAGAGACACAAGGGCCGUAUUAUUUACUUGACAUAUGAUUCAGGGGAUACUAUUAGUCAAACCCUGCUCUUGGUGGGUAAAGGAAUAACCUAUGACACAGGUGGUGCUGAUAUUAAAGCUGGAGGAAUUAUGGCAGGAAUGUCUAGAGAUAAGUGUGGAGCAGCUGCUGUUGCUGGAUUUAUGCAGGUUGCAGCACUGUUGAAACCUAAAUCUACAAAGAUUGUUGGAGCACUCUGCCUUGCACGAAAUAGUGUUGGUGAGAACUGUUAUGUAGCUGAUGAGGUUAUAACAUCCCGGAGCAAAGUUCGCUUACGUGUCGGGAAUACUGAUGCUGAGGGACGUAUGGUGAUGGCAGAUGUUUUAUGUAAGAUGAGAGAAAUAGCUAUGGAUGAAGUGAAUCCACAUCUUUUCACAAUAGCAACUCUUACUGGACAUGCUGUUCUGACAUAUGGAGAAAAUUACACGGUUCUGGUGGAUAAUGGACCUGCCAGGGAAGAACAGUCAGCACAGAAACUGCAAGCUGUAUCGGAAUCUGUUGGUGAUAUGAUUGAAAUUAGCACUGUUCGCCGGGAGGACUUUGAAUUCAUUAAAGAUAAAGCUGAAGUGGCUGAUGUGCUCCAGAGCAACAAUGAACCCUCAUCACGGACUCCAAGGGGGCAUCAGUUUCCAGCAGCCUUUCUUCUGAGAGUGUCAGGGCUUGAUAAAAAUGGAAUUGGGUCUGACAAGCCAAUGAAGUACACCCAUGUCGACAUUGCAGGUUCUUCUGGUUCACUGCCAAAUGAACCGACAGGAUGUCCAGUAGUUGGAUUCUCUACGUAUUUUCUUCUUCCUCAUGUUAACUAAAGAUACUGUUUUUAUAUCUCAUGAUCUCAGUAUAUAACGGUCGGGUGCUUAAUAAUAUAUCAAAGAACUGUACUUACUCUUUUACUUGUUUUUUAUAUACAAAAUGUACUUAUGUUGUUGUUAUGCCAAUUUACUGGGCUAUUUCUGAAUAAAAAGGAUAUAAAUAAAUGAAUAAAUAAAUACA